AUGUCAUUCAAGCUUUCGAAGAGGCUGAGCAGCAAGAAGAAAAAGCCACCAAAGGACAAUGUCCAGAAUGACAUUCUACAAAAGCUUGGCCUGGAUACUUACAGCACUGCUCCACUUGACCCAGCAUCUAUAUUAGAUAUCAGUACAUGGACUUUGGAGGAGAAAGCUCCUCUGGAGGUCAAAGAUCUGCCCAAUGCUUUCCUCCGCCGACUUUGGUUGCUUAGUCAAGAUGCCCGGAGUCCUCGAUGCCUGUCACAACAAGACAAUCCUAACAAUGACGAUAACUUACCUGGGGAAAAGUUCAAUGGAAAUGACGAUGAGGGUCAAUUUGCCAUCAAUUCCAUUGAUCUUGUAACGUCUGUCUAUAAGUCUGCUAACUCUUUUCUCCAGCAAGACAUGACUGUUCGUAUGGUGCAAUGCCAGUUCGCUGUACCUCUAGUUAUUCCAAGCACUGAUCCUGCAGAACCUAGUAACUUCCUUAUGUGGCCCCUUCGAGGUGUUUUUAGCCAGUGGAGGUCUCAUGCUCUGGAUGGAAAUGCAAGAGUCCAAGAAAGCAAUUUGGCAAGCAUAAGCAUGCCGAUGGUGUCCUGUGUGAGGCUGGGCCGUUGCAGUAUCUCCAAGUCCCAGACGCUAAACUACGUCCUAAAUGGACUCCAAGCACAUCAGGAAACAUUUGUCCACAAGGGCAUGGAGGGAGGGAAAAUACCUCGAAGAAUAUCCAAUGGCUUGGUAGAGAUUGGAUGGCAUCUACCCAGUGGAGAAAUUGACAAAGAUGUAUUCCCUGUUCCAGUAGUGGUCUCUAAUCUACGUGGUGAUGCCAGCACACAUGAAAAAAGCCUCAGUCUUCUAUGUCAAGCAUCUUCAGCUGUGGUUGUUUUCUGCGGAGAUCUUAGGGAAAGAGAAAAACAACUUCUUGUGUCCUGCAUAAAUAUGGCAAGUAAGAUUAUCCUGAUUGACCUUACAGACAUGGAAAUGAAAAAGGAAAGUACAGUGGGAUUUGUUGAUGUGAGUCUCAAGCAGCAGAUGGGGCUCCCUGAAGAGAAUGUGCUUUCUGGAAGCAAUUUGACAGAGGAGGAAGUGGCUAAUGAGCUGUGUAAAACCCUGAAAAGUAUGUUGCCAGAUAAACUGAAAUUUGUUACACUGGAGGCAGCAUCAAAGCUAGCAUUAGACAUAGGCCUAAGUGUGGAUGAAGGUCCAAUCUGUAAAAAGGCAAUGGCCAUUGUGGAGGAAAUGCUGACAGGUUUAGACCAGGGAUAUGCCGAUUUUCGGAUGAAACAGCUACCUUUGCAGGGGCAAAUGUGGGGCAAAUUGGCAAAACUGGACAAAGAUGAAUGUAAACAGAAAAAACAAGGGAAAGAAAUAGACCCCGAACUGCAAAGAGAGAAGAAAGACGUCAUAGCCCACUUGAGCAGCUAUAAAAUGACACCUGCUAUGAAGAUUUUCAUUGACGCUCUUUUUACAAGGGAUAAAACAGAGAGGACUUUUUUCCUCACUUGGCUUAAACUGAGGCUUCACCUGAUGCAGAUUGAAAAACAAAAGCAAACAGAAACGGAAGAUGGCAUGCCUGAACCUUUGGAAGAGUUUGGAAAUGGAGACCGUGAGAGUGUGGCAGACAGUGAUAGCUUUUGCUCUGUAUCAACAAUAGAUGAGAAGACUGAAGAUCCACCUGUAAGCACAGAGCCGCAGGCUUCGGAAGAGCACUGCUCUAAUGAGGAAAUAUCACAUCAGAUCUCGGAUGAUCAAACAUGUCAUGUAGAUACGGCAGAAAAUGGCACUUGGAACUGUGGAGGAGAACAUCAUGAUCAAUUAGAGCCCACAAGCACUCAGUCAGAUUCAGCUUCUUCUGCUAAAUUACAGAUGAGCGAUGAAGCAUCAAAUGAAGCACACAAAACCUUGUUUUCCCACCUACCUGAACCUGAUCCACCCUCACUAGGUCCUGAGCACUUUUUGCGCGAGAUGGGCCUCAUUUUUGAGCUAACACAUAUCAGCCCCAGUAGUGGGAAUCAAAAAGUGUUGGGUUUGCCGAGUUUAGCCACAGAUCUACUUUUGUAUGGGGUUCCUCUUGAAAUAUUGGAUGGAGAUGCCUCAAAUAUCCCUUUAUGCUGGCUAGGCUGUGUCUUUGCAGAGCUCAAACGCCGACUUCCUCAAGAGCAGUUGAGGAUGCGAGUGCUGACAAAUCUUGGGGUGCAUGAUGCCAUGAAUGGUGAAGUUCUCUCUGCAUCGUUUGGGUUAAAAUUCCCAAAUAGUACUGGAAGAAUGAGUAAAGGGGUUUACAUGAUGGCAUUGUGCGUCCCUGAUAAACUUAAAAUAGACUUAGAGUGUGAUUUUUUGCUUGUAAUUGAUGUGGAGGGUCUCUGUUCAGUCUCAGCUGACAAAACUCCAAAUACAGUUAUCCACGACAAUGAGAUGGCAACUCUUGCAACAGGACUGAGUGACGUUUUACUUCAGAACAUCUCUCCACAUAGUGAUGAGGUUGAAACCACCUUAAGUGUUAUGGUUGGUGCGCUCCUACGCACAAAAGAACAUGACUCCUUACCUAUUUGUCAACUCCUGACCCAGGAUGAGGACCUGAAUAGCAAAUUACAAACCUCACAGUUAAGUCACAUUUCUGAGAUACUACACACUGAAAAUGAGGAUAGUGGAGGUGCUGACAACCAAAGUGGAACCAUGACAAUUACUUGUGUCAAAGGGCCUUGGUCCAACAGGUGUGUCUCUGUUCCAGUUGACACACACUACAGCAAGGCUGUGUUGAAGCUCAAGGAAAAUCUGUUUCAGGCUCUGAAGAGUUGUGCAGCCAAGUCCAAACCCUCAGGUCUGCCAGAAUUCAUGGGGCACCUUUGUGCAAUAUGGGAUGCUGUGAGAUCAGAAUCAUUUUACAUUGGUUUAAAAGACACAGAUAUUGCUUUGGCAUUUGCUUUACUGUGUGCAGAAUUUUCCAUUUGGGAGGCUAGUUUACGGGAAAACAUGGAAAACUGGCUCAGGGAGGCUUCACUGAAAAUCUUUUCCACAAAAGUGUCUGAUGCUGCUGUUCAAAAGGACCUUCUGGAUGAAAUGAAGGAUAAAGCCCGAAAAGAAGUCCAAUCAGAAAUUAACAAAAUGGGGUCAAAAGUAGACACUUAUCUGAAGGAAAAGGAUGUCCUGAAAUCAAAUACUGAGGUAUUCAGAAAAAUCCUAAUGAGCAAUGUGAUUAAACUCCAGAACCAAGUGGAGGAAGAAAUUAUGCAAAGGUUGGAAACAAUCACCGAGAACCAUUGUUCUCUCACCCAACUAAGAAGUUUCGAGAGCUUGCUGGAAGAAGAACAAGAGUUUAAACUGCUUGCUCUGACGGAGACAAGCAAGUCAACAAAAAUUCUCCUUCAGGACAAUGAACUAGAAGAAGAGUUUGAAGAUGUGUGGAGUAAGACGUUAUCUAAAUUCAACUUUAGGCCCUCAGAAACUGAUGACAUUACCUCAGCAGUGUUAGAAACUCUAAGGCAGAAUCUAAUCAGUCGUGACCUCGAGAAACACGAGAAAAAACUUGACACCUUUGGUGAAAACCAGAACUCUGAUUUCCAAGUUUACGAUGAGCACUUUGGAUACCGCAGUAGAUUAAAACAUAUGUUCGAAGACAACAACAGACAGCAAAGAUUGGAAGCUCAAGAAACAGCAUCUAAAGUCAUAGACGAAUGCAAUCAGUUUAUUGCAGAUAAAUGCAGCUUACCCGCAGAUUUCACAUGCAGCUACAUUGUGGAGCUUUUAGAAAAUGUAGAAAAAUCUCUGAAAGAAAAAUCUAUGGAAAUCAGGUCAGCUUUUGAAGUGGAUCUGAAAAUCUAUCUCUGUAAUGCUGCAUGCCAAGACUUCCAAAAGCUACAUGACCGCUUUUCCAAGGACAGGGAACUUUUGAUGAGUAUUUCUGCAAACAAGAAUAGGUACCUGGCGGAGUUUAUCUACCUCUUCAGGAAAAGGGACCAGUGCCAGAGGGUGGCCCGAGCAUUCACGUCCAUGAUUAUUAAGCCAACAGUGCUUGACUACAUCAAUGGACCGUUAGGGGUGCAAAUUGCAGAGGAAAUUAAAGACAAAGCUGUGCAGUAUCAGUCUCCACAAGCUUUCCAACGAAGUCUACUGGAAGAGCUAAUAAAAGAGGACCAUUUUGGGAGCUUUGUAGAAUAUUUGUUGACAUAUGAUAUCUUUAGACAGAGGAAGAUCCACGAGACAGUGGUGGCUCACCUCUCUGAGUCAAAAAUCUUGGGUAAAUGGAGGCAACAGAGACUAGGAGAAAUAGUAGGGAAGGUUGCAUCAGCUGUGAGCCAAAUAACAGAAGGCAGCAACGGAAUAUUGAGUGACACAAAGCCACUGCUUGAGACAGUGUGUCUCAUUUUAGAAGGAGAUUCACAUGUUUGUGUCACCAAAGAACCUCUGGAUGGACCGCUCUUUAGCAUCACCACAGAGUGGGAUCGUUUCGUCAAAUGUUUGAUAGAGUUACUGGCCACGUUGCGUCUGGAUCUGGUCCAGGAGUUCUCCCAAAAUGUGAACAUCAUCAAGCUUCUCAACUGCCUUCCAGUUCAGCCCCAAGAUUAUCUUUUCAAAAGAGUAAAAGGCUGUGCCGAGCAGUGUCCUCUGUGCGGAGCCCCCUGUGAGAAUGAGGAACUUGGGCAUGAGAUUCACAAGGCUUCGCUCCACCGCCCCAAAGGCUUGUUGCCCAAUGACUCUCAUUCAGUGCCCAGUACCAGUUGUACAAACCAAAGCAACACCAAAGACCCACAGGAUCUAUCUAUGAUAUGCAAGGACGUCCAUUCUCUACAUCCAAACUGGAGCAAUUCCUCUGAUGACCCAAAGAGCCAGAAAGGCAGUCAUUACUGGAGGUAUGUGUUGGCAAGAUUCAAUGAAAAGUUUGCAGAGGAAUUCAAUCAGGAGCCGGCAAUGAUUCCUGAAGAGUGGAAGAAGAUCACUCAAGAGGACGCUUUAGACAGUCUAAAGGAGGUCUUUCCCAACAAAGACGAUAGCUAA